UUGAUAGCUUUUCCUGAUUUCCUCUUUUCUUGUCCAAGAUAAGCAAAUGAAGAGCUUUGUAUUCUAUGGAGAUAUAAUGACUUCAUUGUAGUUCUUUUGAUUUGCUCUGAUUAACAACCAUCUAUUUAAUAAAGAGAGCUAUUUUUAUGAUUACGAAAACUAGAUUGGUUGGCAGUUAUGUUAACUUUUAUUUCUGAAGUGAUUUAUGUUACACAAAGCUACUAGCGGAGAAAAACACGCGAAGAAGAACUUCUAUAAUUAUCAACUGGGCGGAAGUUUGACUCGAUUACUAUAUGAAUACAUACACAGACAGUUUCUCUGGUUAUGUCGUCCGAUCUUCGCCUCGUGUCGAGGUAGCACCAAGAGGGAGCUCCACCCUCCCUAGAAACAUCAGCCAUGCUGUCAAUCAGGCGCAUGCGCAGCCAAAUCAACAAUCUACUUUCGGUUUCAAAGAAGCCAUUAAAAGCAAAGCUACCAUAUUUGGGACAUUAUUUCGACCAAGAAAGCGAAGAGAAAAGAAGGGGAAUAUAGUGGACGUUCCACCACAAGCUAACUUUACUCUUACCACACAUGACAAGACGUUAAACUACCACAACGGAAAAGUCGUCAGUGGAAAGCCACAAGAUCUUAUAUCUUUGUUAGUUCCAACGCAUGACUAUUAUCCAGAACCUAACUAUAUUUUUACAUUUCUCUUAUGUGUACGUCUUUUCAUGCCCCCUGUCCAAGUUCUUCAGAAAGUGGCAGAUGUAGUUGAAAAAUCGAUCGAAGAGGAUAGUGAACACAGAAAAGAGAUUGCGAAAAACUUCAUGUUACUCUUAGUAGAGUGGAGCGAAAAUUUCCCAUUUGAUUUUAAAUGUAAGAACAUGAUGAAAGAGUUCGGCAGAUGCAGCAAAAUUUGCACAAAUGCGAAACCUGCACUUACGUCGUCAGUCAAUAUGAUUACAAAAUUUUUAGUACAAAAAUUUCAGGAAUUAUUAACAUACGUUGAAGUAUCGAAAGAAUUUCACAUCCAGUGUGACGAGGAAGAUAAACAACUCUCUGAUGUAUGUCGUGACCCUGUCGAAUUUGCGGAAAAUUUAACGAUAUUAGAACUUGAAAAGUUAUCGCAAAUCGGCGCCGAACAGUUUGUGGAGAAAUUUAUUGCGCAAGAUAUGACGUGUAGUCAGUUAGAUUUGACGUCGACGGCGACGAUUUCUUGUCUUGAACUUUACGUAGCAUGGUUUAACCGCUUGAGUUAUCUCAUCGCAACUGAAAUUUCCAUGUGCCCGAUAAAGAAAGAUCGUGUAAAACUCGUGAACUUUUUUAUCGAAGUGGGUAAGUGUUGUUUUAAAAAAGCUAAUUUUAACUCUCUUAUGGCCAUCAUCGUCGGCUUAAAUAUGAACGCUGUAGCGCGCAUGCGCAGAACAUGGCUAAAAGCCAAUCAAAGUCUGUUUAGAAAACUCGAACAGGAAAUGUCGCCAGAAAGUAAUUUUCGUCGAUACAGGGACACUUUGAAUGAACGGCUGAAGAAUCGAGACAAAGAUUACGUCAUACCAGUGUUUUCAAUAUUGGUGAAGGACAUCUAUUUUCUUAAUGAAGGUAUAAAAGACCGACUUCCUAACGACCUUAUAAACUUCGAAAAAUUUUGGCAGCUUUCCGAGCAAAUUAAAGAUGUUAUCUUUCUGAAGAAUAAAAAGUGCGAGUAUUCAAAGAACGAAGCAAUCAUGGACUACUUGAAAAACACACCAGUGUGUAAUGACGAAGGUAUCUACAAAUCUUCGUUCGAGGUUGAACCUCCUGAAACGAACUUCGAAAGAGCUCGUUAUAAAUCUGUGCGGAUUAAAAUCGGUAACAGGUAACUCUACCGUUUGCUAAAUUACGCGAUAUUUGAUAUUCUUCGAUGGUGACCGAUAUUGAUUCGGUAUUGCUUGAUGCUUGUUACAAGUCAGUAAUACAACUGAUGGGUGCCAGCUGAAUUGAUAUUAAAAUCUUCUAUAUUUACUUGAAUCUAAGUCGAUAUUCCUCGAUAUUGACUCGAUGUUUCUUAAAUGCAGAACAAUUUUUUUCUUCAAAACUGUUUAGUGGUUUGCAGAGUCUGCAGCUAUCAUAACUUAUACAUUUAUUUAUUUAUUUAUUUGUUGCGCUUUUCAAAGAAAUCAGUUACUUUACGCCUCGUUGAUUGUAAAUGACUAUAAAUACGCUGCCAUGGUAACUAUAUUCAACAAAAAAAUUAAAUUAUACACUGGUAAUAAAAUACAUUUUUAAUCUUAUUAUUUAUCUUGUAUAUAUUGUAUUUUUUAAAUUAUAUAACUUAAAAUGUAAAGCUCGUGUUAAUUAACCCGCGUCAGUCGCGUGGAAUAACCCGCGUCAAUCGCGUUGGAUAACACACCUA